UGCAUGGGUUUGGGAUUUUUCGUUGUUAGGUAUUCAUUUGUGUUAUUAUUAAUGUUGUUCGACAUGUUUUUUAAUAAUUGUUUGAGCCCGGGCGACUGGGAGUCACUCGGAUCCAAGGGGUUUGGGGCGUCAGCCAUGACUUUGAGGGGGUAGGCGCCCCACCUCAGUAGAAGUGAGAAAAGAGAAGAAGUAUAUAGAGAGAGAAAGUAGAGAGAAGUAAUAGUAAGAGUAGAUAGAUUGCCAUUUAUGAGGAGAGAACUCCUAUUUAUACACAUUUGAGGGUUAGGUAGUGGUCUGGGCGCCUGCCAAGUCAUAAAUGCUGUGGUCGGGCGCCUCAGACCUUCUGACACUGUACAUGGUACUUUUUGACAGAGGGUGUCCCCCUGCCCCUUGUCAUUGCUGAUGUCAGGUGCCUGGCCUUGUCUUUUGUCUCCUUGCCUUGUCCUUUUGCUCUUUUGUCUUCUUUCCUUCUUAAUACCAUUAGCUAGAGUUUUGCCUCCUUAGUUACUAGGAUACUCUAUCAAUAAUUUUAUAUGACAUUAUUAACUUUUUAUGUUAUGUUUUGUUUGUAACAUUAGCAAAAGUGAAAUUGUGUGUUUCAAUUUGUUGAACCUUGAAGUUUAUUUACUAUUACAUCGUAUUAUCAAUUUGGUUCGCAAUGAUUUAUAAUCAUUUGAAGUGCUAUUAUCAAUGUUUUCCUUCCAAGCACAAUACAACCAUUAGCAAAAAUUUAUUUCAUUUGUAAGAUUGCUUAUAUUGAGUGAUUUGAAUUAUUAAUAUAUUUUCGUUUAUGUUUGUAACUUUGUCAAAUGUCAUUAUCAAGAAGCAUACUUGUUAGGUAUUCGUUUGUUUAUGACAUUAUCAAAAGUGAAUUUACGUUUAAUGUGAUAACUAUGGUUAUUAAUCUUUCAGUCUAAGUUAGUAACUGAUAGAGUAUCCUAGUAACUAAGGAGGCAAAACUCUAGCUAAUGGUAUAAAGAAGGAAAGAAGACAAAAGAGCAAAAGGACAAGGCAAGGAGACAAAAGACAAGGCCAGGCACCUAACAUCAGCAAGGACAAGGGGCAGGGGGAUACCCUCUGUCAAAAAGUACCAUGUACAGUGUCAGAAGGUCUGAGGCGCCCGACCACAGCAUUUAUGGCUUGGCAGGCGCCCAGACCACUACCUAACCCUCAAAUGUGUAUAAAUGGGAGUUCUCUCCUCAUAAAUGGCAAUCUAUCUACUCUUACUAUUACUUCUCUCUACUUUCUCUCUCUAUAUACUUCUUCUCUUUUCUCACUUCUACUGAGGUGGGGCGCCUAGCCCCUCAAAGUCAUGGCUGACGCCCCAAACCCCUUGCAUCCGAGUGACUCCCAGUCGCCCGGGCUCAAACAAUUGGCGCCCACCGUGGGGCCAAGCAUGACUUUGAAAGACGCUUCCAACUCAAAGAAGGGGGAAGAAAGGAGUCCGGCACCAACGAAGACCCCUAUCAAGCAAGUCGUUGGUCGAGAAGCGAUCAACCCUCAACCACUCACCAUCCAAAGUUUGGAAGCAUCCGACGACGACGAUCCAUCAGGAGAGGGAGAAGACACGGAGCGCCUGGAGGGCUAACUAGCGAAGCUUCGGGAAAAGCAAGCACUUCAAAUGGCCAGCACGCAAGGCCAACUGGAUCAAGUCAUGACCGCGUUGUCAGCACUAACAAAGGCAAACAAUCACGCGCCUCCCAAUCCCCAAGAAGCCACAGAGGAGAGGAGGCGCCUCCGAGGAAAGAUGCAAGAGGUUGAGGUGCUACCCAUGAACUCCCCACGGGAGGGUGUGGGCGCCUCACCCAACGAGGACGCAAUCGAAGCUGACGACGAUGUCUACCUGGAGAAGUACGCCCGACUCAACUACGGCGCCUUGGAAGAAAGAAGCGCCCUGGAAUUUUUGUAGGGGGAGGGCCGCCCUUUAAGUAGGCGUAACCCAAAGACACCCUAAGAGAGGCAAAAGCGUGCUAGGAGGAGUCCUUUUAUUCAAUUUAGGUUGGUAAUGUUAGGAAUUUUCGGGGAAAGGGACGCGCCCUGGCGAUACCCCAUGUAAUUCCCUAUUUUGCUCAAGGAAUGGAUAUUCACUACUCGACAAUGCAAAGCUAUCCCUGUUUUAACAGAUGGAGUCACCCUAGACUCGCUUCCUCCGUCGAGGAGAAGCCUAAGCGUGUUACCACCUUCUCAGGGGUACACGUAAGAAAAAUCAAGUUUUGCU